AUGUAUCCCUGGCAUCAAGCCCUCAAGUCCUGGGCCAAGGAUGCAGGCUUUCAAAUCGACGCUUUGGGCCUCGUCACACUGCUAGGCGCAGAAGAAAUGGACCGCAGCAUCGGAAGACUGAUGCCAAGUGCGUACUUUGACUACCUACCACUUCUCGGCGCAUUUGUUGUGGCGGGCGACCGAAUCAAAGAGCGGAAACUCGGAUAUACACUAUACAACAUCUCCGCGGGGAUCGUAACAACCGAGCUAUCGGGCUGGUUCUCGCGAUGGCUUCGCGCGCAAGAAUUUCACAAAAUUCGGAGCAAAGUCAUCUGGGAGAUUGUUGAUCGGCCGCCACGGAGGAAGAUAUUUUCUGUCGGCUUGUUUCUUAUCAGUCUGCCUGUGCAUGGAAUGCUUCUUGCCAUGACAGUCUUAGCGGCGGACUGGUGGGGUUUUGCGAAUGUUCUAGCUAUGAUUUUCUCGGUAAUUAUGAGAUGCGUGCAGGUUGCGGAGAAUCGAAGUGGGAUCAGUGAGAAUAUCCGCAGGGCUGAAGAAGAUGCCAAUCAGAGCUUGAGGAAAUAUGAGGCUGCAGUGGAAGCUAUGCAGCGUCGUCAGAUGGAGCCAGGUUGCGAGAAUAUCAAAGUGCCAAGUCGGCCCCAGGCCAAAGAUCUUGUGAAGCUCAUUGUGGUAACAGAAGACUCCAAAGUCGUGACUCUGCUUGCGCCUGCGUUUCUUGUCAAGCCUGCUUUCACGGCCGCGCCUCAUAUACCCAAUCCGAGAUUUUACAUGUUUUGUCGUAUUGUCGGCUGGAUUGCGUUUGCCGUCCAUGUUAUCAGUAUUGGUAUGGCUGCGUUGUACACGCAGAUUUGUACGAUUGUUUUGAUCCUCUCGGCGACUGUACUUACAGCCUAUAAGGUUGGUAGUGAAGAUUCGCAGUUAUCAAGCGAUAUUCGACGCAAGUGGAAUCACGUUGAUUAUAAAGAGAAAGAAUGGAGUUGCUGGGUCACUUCGAGGCUGAAAGCCACAGUAUCCUCCUAUCCGGCGGAGUACACUGAAUGGGAACCCGUGCAAAAGGAAGAAAAGACCUUGGGGCCGAAGGAAAUCAAAACGCAAAUUUUUUCAUGGCCAUGGAGUCGAACAACAAUGACCGAUUUGGAGCACUCGUCACCCAAAAGAACGUCUUAUCCUGUCCAAGAGCGACGGCAGGACCUUUUCGCUUGGUUGGAUUUGACAUCGGAGGAAGAUGAGCGCAUGAUUGCAUGGCAUAUGAUUCCUCAUAGUCAGGAAUGGAAGGAUGUGUAUUUGGAAAAGAAGGAGAUUCAUCGGCGGAGAACAAGAGCUUCUCAGACAACAAACUCCACAUAA